ACCAGCUUUCAGUACCAGUUUAGAUCUUGGGAGGGACACAUGGAGAGGAUGGAGAGCAGACAAUACAUGCCUGCAGGUCCUCUGAUGGACGUCACAGUCACUGCUGGGAAUUUAAAUGAAGUUCACCUGCCACACUGGAUCUGCAUCGAUGACGUCCCUGACAUAUUGGACAUGUUUGCAGUCGUUCACAUAGAUGACUGUGGAGAUGUUGUGGAAAAAGUGUCUGAGGUCACACCAACACAUGUCAAGUUAACUGAACCAAAUUUCUCGAUAAUAGCGGCUCUGAUACGUUUCAUAUUUCCUCCAAAAAUCAGCUGUUACAUGUUGAUGUACUAUCAACUCAACACAUCAUUCCUCAAACUCCACGUCUACCUGAUACGACAGGAUCCUGCUCUGGAACAGGAAAUUGCUGAGAAAUAUCGUGAGAAAAAUGAUGAGACAAAAUCCGAUUUGAAAUUUAAAAAAAUCAUAAAGCAUCCCCCAGACCAGUACCUGCAAACUGAGCGUCUUUUCAGCCUCAAAGCCGACGACACAAGUGCAAAAAUUCAGCCGAAGGAGUUAACCCUCAGAUACAAUAGGCAAAACUUCUAUGAGGUGUACUUUAAGAAUCCAGGCAGUGAACUCAUACUUACACUGGUGCACACUCACCCAGCUGAUGGUGAACCAGCUGAUGAGCCACUAUGGAAAUGUGAAAUUCGAGCAGAUGACCAUCCAGAGUCUGGUCAAGCCGAAGCUGCAGGAUACUCAGUGGGAGCAGCUGCUGUCAGCUCUCUGUCGGCUGGUAGGUUCAUCAAUAUUACCUGA